GUACUUUCUUGAAGAACCCUAGGCCGGGGUUUUGCAUCAAACUCUUAAUAGGAGGUAAUUUGCAGCAAUGUCACCGCAUUAAUAUCGAUAGAAUGCCUGCUGCAGUGUAAUUUUUGUUUUCUGGUUGUAAUGUGUCUAAGGGGUGAAGUUGGUGAGAUUAUUGUCUUCAUAUUCAGUAUCGAAUUAAGAGCAAAGCAGAAGUGAAUAUGCAAGUUGAAGGUGCUCUGUCUGUGGUUGGUCCAAAGCCAACAGAGUUGUCGACUGUCGCGCACAGCUUUGGCCCACCAGUGCCUGGACCAAAUGGGAAACAGCGGACAUCAAGUUUAGAGUCGCCAAUCAUGUUACUGUCGGGGCAUCAAAGUGCAAUCUACUCAGUGAAAUUCAAUCCUGCUGGGACUGUCAUUGCAUCUGGUUCACAUGACAGGGAUAUUUUUCUGUGGAAUGUGUAUGGUGAUUGCAAGAAUUUCAUGGUCAUGAGAGGGCACAAGAAUGCUGUGUUGGAUGUUCAAUGGAAUACUGAUGGUUCACAGAUAAUAUCAGGGAGCCCUGAUAAAACGUUAAGGGCAUGGGAUGUCGAGACAGGAAAACAGAUAAAGAAGAUGGUAGGGCAUUUGUUUGUUGUGAAUUCUUGUUGUCCUGCUCGGAGAGGCCCGCCUCUUAUUGUCAGUGGGUCUGACGAUGGCACUGCAAAACUUUGGGAUAUGCGACAAAGGGGUUCCGUACAGAGUUUUCCAGACAAAUACCAGAUUACAGCAGUCAGUUUCUCUGAUGCAUCAGAUAAGAUUUACACUGGUGGCAUUGACAAUGACGUUAAGGUCUGGGAUUUGCGAAGAACUGAUCCUGUUAUGAAGCUUCAAGGCCAUCAGGAUAUGAUUACUGGUAUGCAAUUGAGUCCAGAUGGGUCUUAUCUUCUGACCAAUAGCAUGGAUUGCACACUUCGUAUAUGGGAUAUGCGACCGUAUGCGCCACAAAACCGCUGUGUGAAGAUUCUGGAAGGGCAUCAACACAAUUUUGAGAAGAACUUGUUGAGAUGUAGUUGGUCACCAGAUGGAAGCAAGGUGACUGCUGGUAGUAGUGAUUGCAUGGUCUAUAUAUGGGACACUACUUCACGACGCAUAUUGUAUAAGCUUCCAGGGCAUACUGGGUCAGUAAAUGAGUGUGUAUUUCAUCCCCGUGAACCUAUUAUUGGGUCUUGCAGCAGUGACAAGCAGAUAUAUCUUGGUGAAAUUUAAAUGCAUUGUUGAUUUCUCUCUGGUUCGAUCCAGCGUGGUUGUGAAUUAACACUGAUAGCUAGCUGUUGAGACCUGUGUGAGGCCUAAUGAAUACAUUGUAAGAUUUUGGAUUGUGUCAAUGCUAGCUGUUGAGACCUGUGUGAGGCCAAAUGAAUACAUUGUAAGAUUUUGGAUUGUGUCAGUUACUGCUGGACUAUGGUGUUUAGAGUUGCACUGUUUUUAUUCAAUCACACCAUUUGAAUCUGUGUUAACAUGUAUUAGUAGCUGAAAAAUCACUGGUAAUAUAUCAUCUCUGUGUUGGUUUC